UUGUCUUUGAUAGCUUGAUCAAAAAACAGUGAACUGUCAAAGUGUCAAAAUGUCGGUCAAUGCACAAGUUCAUAAUAUGAGUAGCAACGAAAAUAAUAAAAAGAAUGACAAAACACUUAAACAGUUGUUUCCUAAACGGGAUGAGUGCUCACAUGUGUCUUGUUAUUGCGAGGAAAACGUCUGGAAACUGUGUCAAGAUGUAUCAUUGAGAAUUCCUGAGGAAUUGGAUAGAUGUUACAUUGUUUUUAUAUCCAACCCUUGUCGUACGGUGCCUUUGUGGAAACAAAGGGCUGGGCGCGAGGAGGAUCGUCUCGUCAUAUGGGAUUAUCAUGUGAUAUUUCUGUAUUCCUGGGACAGCAAAACUUGCCUUGUUUAUGAUCUGGACUCUGAACUCCCGUUUCCGACAUUUUUCCACAAAUAUGUCACAGAGACAUUUCGUACAGAUCAAGUGCUCAAAUCAGAUUUUCACAGAUUCUUCCGUGUAGUGCCUGCUAAGUUGUUCUUGCAGAACUUUGCAUCAGACCGACGUCACAUGAAAAGACCGGACGGUUCAUGGAUUAAACCACCACCUCCAUACCCAGCAAUAUGUACUUCAACUUCUACACAUAAUCUAGAUGAGUACAUCAACAUGGACUUUGGAGUUGGUCCCGGUCAGGUAUUUAACCUUACAGAUUUCGUGCAGCGGUUCUACAAAAUAAACAAGUAGUACAAAUACUAACGGUGUAUUGAUAGAUAGUCCAAUGUUGGGUUUUUAAUCAUUUCCAUGAUGAAAUAAUUGUUUUUUCGUUAUAAUUUGAUUAUGUUUUAAUAAUCCUUGAGUAUUUUAUGUAUCCCUUGCAGUGGAUUUAUGUAAGAAUCAUGCCACUAUACCCCUGACGGAAAUAUUUUAUAUUAUCUUUUGUUAUUAUGUAAUUAUGUUGCCGUUAUUCUUAAUUAUUAAGUAAAGGAAAGUAAUUUCUAUUUAUUUGAGUGUAAUUAUGAUUGUUCUUACUAUUGUACGAGUGACCUUAAGAUUAUGAGAGCACAAUAAGUCAACAAAUUUUAUCCACAAACACAAUGAAAUGAUUAUGCACAAAUGUUACCUUUUAUGAAAUGGAGCAGUAAUAUGCUUCGUUAAAGUAUUAUUAUGUAGGUUUAACUGAAAAUAUAUGGAGAUUAAAUUAUAUUAUUAGCUGUUAUUGAAGUUUUAAUAUUGUAAUUAUGCAGUUAGUUAUACAAUCAGAAACCUACAUAAGAAUACAAAAAUAUAUACUUUUAUCUAAUAAUAAUUUUAAAUAAAAUAAAACAUUAAAUAUGGCAAAUUAUAUAAUAAUUCAGGGCACUUCUAUUCCCCAUAAAGAUUAGCUGGUUUUGAUAUAAUUAGAUAGUUAAAUAUUAAGCAUAGUGAAUUUAAUCGAGGCUAGUGCUUAAUGUUUCAAUUUUAUAUGAGUAACAAGUGAGUAGUGUUUUGGAUGUUCUGCAUAUUCUUUCUUUUGUCGUUAUUGUGAGAGUAGAUCGUAUUUAUUAUCAUUUUGACUGAGGUAAUCCUUGUUUACGGAUUGUGUGUUACCUUGAGUGAUAAAUUAAUGUUUAAGUAACUUUAUUGUAGUGUAUAUGGUCGCAAGUAGCUUUUGUAUGUUGUUAAACUAUUUAAUAAUUUUGUAACAACUUUUAUACACUCUUUUUAUUCUUCCCUAGCACCCUUAGAAAAUUGAAAAAAUACCAAAAAAUAUAUUUAAGAAUAUUCGCUUGCGAUAAGGGUUUAAUCCAAUGUAUGAAUAUGAAUUGUAUGAUUCAUUUCUAAAGAGAUAGAGUCAGUUUGUUUACGUCCUUCUACUUCCACCUAUGUACUUACUCAUUUAGUUGAGCAAACUUUAAGAAAUAUUAUCUAUUGUUCUAAAUCUUAAAAGAUUAUUUUACCUAAAAUAUUUACACUUAAAAUUGUACCUUAAUGUUUUACAUUUUAUCUAUUAAUUAUGAGUAAAAUAUUAACUACUUAAAGUACUAUAUUAAUUAUACUUAAGAUUAAGAAAACUUAUUCUAAAAUGGCACAGAAGAAAGAUGUUAAUUUAUGAUGUUGGUUUGUGAAUUGUGAAUAAUUUUAUUGUUACUUACAAACAUUGAAUUAAUUGUAUUUAACUACCUACAUACUUUCUGCAGGGUUCUUGAUCUGUGUUCGAAACUGUACUGUUUACUAGUCCAUGUUAAUUAUUUUUUAAGGAUUAUGACAUUCUCUCGAACAUUAUUUGAAAUGCUUCUACCUAGUAUAAUGUCAAUGAAAAGUUUUAUUGUAGUGCAUUUAAGACCUAGUCAUUAUCGUUAAUUAUUCUUCUUCCUAACAGUUAUCACUUGUCACACUUAGUAAUUAAUCGUCGAGGCGUAGCUGGAUAUUCUAUGGGACCAAACUCUUUGGACUGGAUGCGGUGGAACCCGGAACGUAGAGCGAAUAUUAAUCCCUGGGAGUGUGUUUACGGCCCAUUGGUUACGCCUUUGUCCUCCUACAUAUUAUCCACAUGUUACAGACUCAAUCGAUACCUUCCCUCUACGCCUUUAAAGUUUUAUCUAUUGACUGACAUAUGAGUGAUAAUUAUUGUGCUUGUGCUUUUAAUGUACCAAGUUACAUGUUUUAAUUUAAGAUUUAUCAAGCAAAAUAAAUGAAACAUUACACGCUA